AUGAUUGUCGACUUGCUCUCCAUGGAAGAUACAAGAGCCUCACUUGUUGGUGCCGGGCUCUUUGUUCUGCUAACUUGGGCUCUGCGAUACAUCUUGUCUCCAGGCUCCAAGCUGCCGAUUAUCAAUAAGCACAGUGUCUUCGGGUUCGGGCAGCCCUCCAAGAAGGGCUGGGUUUCUGGUGCUGCCAGCUUGUUAAAAGAUGGGUUCGCCAAGUCUGCAAAAGGGUUCCGCCUCGUCACCGACAAUGGCUGCCAGAUUGUUGUAUCUCCGAAGUAUCUCGAGGAGAUCCGCCAACAUCCCGACCUGAGCCGUGAUAAAGCUUCCGCUAAGGAGCUUAUGUCGCAUCUGCCUGGGUUCGAAGUUUUCCGAGAAGGAUCGAAGGACGAACGCAUUCUCCACGACGCAGUGUUGACUAAAUUAACAAGAACACUGGGGCGUGUCACCGAGCACCUCUCCCAUGAAACAGCGCUGAGCUUUGAGACACACUGGACGGAUGAACGUGAAUGGCAUGCGGUACCACUGCGAUCGAGCAUUACACAGAUCAUUGCUCAGACGUCUUCCCGUGUCUUCUUAGGCGAGAAGCUCUGCAGAGACCCUGAAUGGCUACACAUUACCAUAAACUAUGCAGUCCAUGUGAUUACUGCUACUGAGCAGCUCCGUCAAUGGCCCCAUAGCCUCCGGUAUAUUGUUCACUGGUUUCUUCCAACCUGCCGUAGGCUGCGUCAAGAUAUGCGAGAGGCCUUGGCCCUGAUUCUCCCAGUUUUGAAAGAGCGACAAGAAGAGAAGGCGGCUGCCAGAGCAGCGGGCAAGACACCAACUUCAUACAGCGAUGCCAUUGACUGGAUGGAAGAUACCGCGAAAGGCCGUGCUUAUAACCCAGCUAUCUCCCAGCUCCUUCUGUCCAUGGCAGCCAUCCACACCUCGGCUGACAUGCUGACACAGGUCUUGUUCGACAUUGCUGAAAGGCCCGAUCUGGUGGCAGCAUUGCGCGAAGAGAUCAUGACGGUUGUGCGUGACAAUGGCUGGAGUAAGAUCUCGCUAUACAAGCUGGUUUUGAUGGACAGCACCAUCAAGGAGAGUCAGAGACUCAAGCCUAUUGCCAUUAGUAUCGUAACCACCUUCUCUAGAUUGAAUGAAAAGAAGCUAACAUGGAAGUUAGCACCUAUGCGUCGUCUGGCAACCAAAGAUGUUUCUCUAUCCGACGGAAUGUUUAUCCCAAAAAAUACGACAGUUCUGUUCCCUGCCGAUGCCAUGUGGGAUCCCGACUAUUACGAUCAUCCACAGGAGUUUGACCCCUACCGGUAUAUGCGCAUGCGCGAGUCCCCAGAUCGACAGACUCAAACAGCCGCCCAGCUUGUCUCGCCUUCACCAAACCACCUUGGCUGGGGCUUCGGACAGCACGCCUGUCCGGGUCGGUUCUUUGCUGCUAAUGAGCUCAAGAUCGCGCUUUGUCAACUUUUAUUGAAGUAUGACUUCAAACUAGACCAAGAACGCCUGCCAGAAGUCCGUUGUCAUGGAGCCUCUCGAACUGCUGAUCCGGUUGCUAAACUUGUGAUUCGGAGACGUGAGGACAAUGCCGCCGUUCAGGACCUGCCAUGUAUGGUGUGA